AUGGAUGAUGCCAUCGCCAACUCACAUCGGCCUCUUCCUGUCAUCCACUUCAAUGCCUUUCCAGGAACAGGAAAGCUGACGAUAGCGCGAAUUCUCGCCAGCUUUUUCCAGCCCUCCUCCCUGAAAGUCGUCCACAACCAUCUCCUCAUCAACCCUGCGGAUGCCGUCUUACAUCGCGAGCAAGCUGGCUAUCAAGAUCUCCGUCAGCAGAUCCGCUUGGCCAUCUUUAACUCACUGAUCCAUGCGCCGGCCACACACUCUGCUGCAUACAUCUUUACAGACUUUCAAACAUCCAACGAGCUCGGUACAGCUGUCUGUCAGGAGUAUGUGGAGUGUGCGAAGAUACGGGGAUGUGAUUUUAUACCAAUCAUGUUAUCUUGUGAUGAGGAGACCAAUCUGACGCGGUUGGUGGAGGAUGGGCGGGCAAGCCAUGGGAAGCUGAUUGAUGUAGAGUUGGUGAAGCGGUUUAGGGCUGGUCAAUUGUAUGAAUUUGAUAACCAUCCUGCACUGCUAAGGUUGGAUGUGUCUGAGCUUUCGGCAGAAGAUGCAGCAAGGAGGAUCAUGGACCAUCUUCUAAAGACGUCUCCCGAGUUAGCAGGCUAUGUUGAAGCUGUAGUGAAUUGA